UCCUGCAUGUUGUCCCACGUCCAACAUCAGAGAGAAGCUGCAGAAUGAUGGAGAGAACCAUGAGCACUGUGGAGGAGGACCCGGAUCACAGGAUACCAUGAAGACAAGUCUGCAGGUCCUGCGCUGCCAGCUGCUGUGUGUUGUGGCAUUUCUAGCUCUGACCAUUGGAGUAGCAUUGUCGGCACAGGGGCAGCACGUCAGCCACACAUCCCAGGACUCUUUCUCCAUGGCAACCCCCCAGAGCAGCCCCCUUUCCUCUACCAAACCCUCCUCAACAGAGAGGGAACCAGAAACUCAGGGAAGCCCUUUGAGAAAUGUAACUUCCCCUGCGCCCGUCACAGUCAUAUCCACCCAUGCAAGCUUCAGAUCCCAUAAACCAACAGUCAUCCCAGUCAACUAUACCACAGGCACCAGCGAAGAGGGCCAGGUGGUUCUAGGUAACGGCACAGACAGACCUGCUGUGGGACACCAUCAGGGGAAUGUAACUCUUGCAGGAUUAUUCUCUAACAGUAGCUCAGUAUUUGCUGAGGAGGGGUCUGCUCAGGGGAACAACUCGACGAUCCCCUCCACAGACAGUGGGAACUUCCUCAACAGGCAGGUACCGGCCACGACCAGUGAUCCUGGGGAAGCUGGGAACAAUUUGGGCUCCACCGUCAACCCCAAGCUGUCCCAAACCACCAUCUGCCUGAACAUGAUGGACAUUGUGUGGAUAGUCCUAGCGAUCGGUGUGCCCGUUUCCUCUAUUUCCGUGCUGUUGACAGUGUGCUGCAUGAGGAGAAAGAAGAAGUCGACGAGUCAGGAGAACAACCUCAGUUACUGGAACAACGCCAUCACCAUGGACUACUUCAGCAGACACGCUGUGGAGCUGCCCAGAGAGAUCCAUACUCUGGAGAGCGAGGAGCAUGAGACCUGCCUGCCCCCUAAUGGAGACUACAGUGGCAGCAGCGUGGUGCUGGUUAACCCUUUCUGCCAGGAGACCCUCUUCAUCAACAGAGAAAAAGCCUCUGCCAUAUAGCAACAGCUCCUGCUCCUCUUGCCUUCUGCUGCGGCUGUCUAUUUUAUACAAGGGGUAAAAUAUCCAGACUUUUAACAAUACAAAGAGCAACCCGAAGGAAGAGCGACACUAAAACAGACAAUAUUAAUGAUGAGGAUGCACCUGCGUAUUUUUCUGAUGUACAUUUUCUACAAAAAGGCUUAAUUGUGAUAAAGGUUUCUAAUGUCUUUAUAUAAUACAGAGUAUAUGUGGAUAUUGUUGCAUUACAGUGGCUUAAUAGUAAUUGCACUGUGGAUGUUUGCCACAUGAAAUCUGCUUUAGAAGAUAAAAGAUGUGUGCUAUGAAACACUGUUGUUUUUAUUUUUUGUCUUUAUAAUCAAUCCCAAAAUAUAAAAGCCUGCUGAACUUGAACAUAGUAUUUACUUAUUUAAGGGGGGAAAACAGAGGUGAUUUUUAGAAAAAAA